AUGCCGCCAAAUACAACGUUUCCCGGACUUCCCAACCAACUGGAUUUGACGUGGUCAACGGAAUGGCAGCAACGAGAUAUUGACAACAAACAUGUCGACAAUCUAACUUCGGUUUUAGAGGUCAAUGCACACCAGCAGAAGGUUGUAAUGGACGUACUUCAGCGCCGGGCCAGCAACCCCGACAACCCUAACCCAGCAAUCGUAUUCGACAAGGAGGCCGUGGAGGCAGACCCAGCCAUGCUGGUGGCAAUGCGUUCCAACAAGGACGCCGUCGCACUGGACAACAAUGAAGGCGACAACUUCGCCAAUCUGCUGGCGGCCUUAAAGACCGUCGACAAAAUCACCUCCACUACACUCAAAACUAUUAUGGAACAGUCUAUCGGCCUCUCGGCCAGCCAGAGCGCCGAGGUCAGCAGUCUGUUGGGUCGACUGCAUCGGUCCCGUGAGAUGCUUAACACCACUGAGAAACUCCUGGCCAUCCGGGCAUACCGAUCAGCAUUCAAAGUUCAUCAUUAUAAGCGUUUAUGCGCAUCCGGCCCGCAUCGGCUGGAGUUGAACAAUGUAUAG